CACAAAGUGAGAUCCUCUGUUAUCUUCAAUCUAUAUCUCAAUUCUCAACUCAACGCAAUUUUUUGUCAUCAUUCCGAUUUUCUCUGCAACUUUUUUUCUUCAAUCGAUCUCUCAUGGCUGCCCAAACCCACGUGUUUACUGGGUUAGCUUUUGCUUCGACUCCUGCUUCUUCAUUUCAGCCCUCUUCUUCCAACACCGCUACCGCCACCCUCUGUGUCGUCACCAAGUCCUUAAGAACGUCCUUCCUUAAUGGCGGAGUGCACACUUCACAAAUUACAAGGUUGAAGUCUUUACAUAUUGAUCGAUCCCGUGGUUGCAGACGUGGAGGUGSUCUUGGUGCUCGCAUGAACCUUUUUGACCGUUUUGCAAGGGUUAUAAAGUCGUAUGCAAAUGCACUUGUAAGUUCCUUUGAGGAUCCUGAGAAAAUUCUGGAGCAAACAGUGCUUGAAAUGAAUGAUGACUUGACAAAGAUGCGUCAAGCUACAGCACAGGUGUUAGCUUCUCAAAAGCGCUUGGAAAACAAGUAUAAAUCUGCACAGCAAGCUGCUGAUGAUUGGUAUCGCAAAGCACAAUUUGCUCUUCAAAAAGGAGAUGAUGAUCUUGCUCGGGAAGCUUUAAAGAGACGCAAAUCAUUUGCUGAUAAUGCAAAUGCUUUGAAAGCUCAACUUGAUCAACAGAAGAAUGUUGUGGAAAAUCUUGUUUCUAAUACUCGGCUUUUAGAGAGCAAGAUACAAGAAGCACGGUCAAAGAAAGACACACUGAAAGCGCGUGCUCAGUCUGCGAAGACUGCAACCAAAGUGAGUGAAAUGUUGGGAAAUGUUAACACAAGCAGUGCUCUCUCUGCUUUCGAAAAGAUGGAAGAGAAAGUUUUGGCAAUGGAGUCUCAAGCAGAAGCUCUUGGACAGUUAACUGCUGAUGAUCUUGAAGGAAAGUUUGCUCUGCUGGAGGGCUCAUCGGUUGAUGACGAGCUGGCAAACUUGAAGAAGGAGUUAUCUGGUAGCUCAAAGAAAGGAGAACUUCCACCAGGAAGAACUGUUUCUGGCAGCGCAUUUCCGAUUCGUGACGCCGAGAUCGAGACAGAACUCAAUGAACUGAGGCAAAAAGCAAGAGAAUUGUAGGGAUUAGAUUUACAUUGUACAGGAAGAAAAGAUUCCAAGCAGAUCAACAUUGUAUAGUAAAACCCCAACUCCUAACUUGAGAGUCAGUAAAUUUUUGGAUUGAGGUGCAAACUACUCCUUAUGAAUGACUUAUAUUGCAAAAUGUGUUGUUUAGGACAUAAAUAUUUUGAUGAAUCUUUGGGAUCAAAUAUUGUUUGUAAAUUAAUACAAACACAACUCUCUGAACACAGAUCAAGUGUUUUUGGUGAUC